UGAGAUGUUUUUUCUCACGUUGAUUCAGCACAUUCCCAGUGAAUGGGCUAAAGGAGUGUUAAGCAAUGAUGAAAGCCUAACAGAAGAGAGGAUUGAAGAGGUCUUGAAUGAGUUUCUUGAAGAUUUCAGAAAGAAUGUGCUGAAAGCCAAAGGAUGGCCUACUUAUCUGGGAGCACCUGCUUAUAGUGUCUCAAAAGCAGCCAUGAAUGCCUACACCAGGAUUCUUGCCAAGAGGUACCCAAGUUUCUGCGUCAAUUGUGUUGCCCCAGGCUUUGUCAAGACAGAUAUAUCUUGCAACAUGGGCAACUUAACCCCAGCUGAAGGAGCAGAAAGUGCAGUACAGUUAGCAUUGCUACCAAUUGGCGGGCCUUCAGGCCUUUUGUUUAACAGGAAAGAAGUUUCCUGUUUUUGAAUGAAAUAAAAAUAGAUGGAGAUAAAUCUACGAAGUUUGCUGAUUUCUAUGUACUUUCAUUUCAUGUAAAGACGCCUUGGGCUUAUGUUAGAUUUUUAUUUUGUUAAAAUCAAUGAAAGCAAAAGACAGUU